AGCUGAGGUUUUCACUAUAUCUCUCUCUCUCUCUCUCUCUCUUUAGUGGAGGUUUCCAUAUCUGCUGUGCUGGGGUAGAAUUGGAGAAAGAAGAAUGAAGGUACUUACUUCUGCUUCUGCUCUGGCUAUUGCUCACUUCUGCUUCAUCUUCUUCUUAUCAUCAGUUGGAAAAUCCAGAGCUCAAAAAGUCACCACUGACCCAUCUGAAGUGAGAGCACUGAACUCAAUCUUCCAACAAUGGAACAAACAUGCACCGGGUUCCUGGAAUAUCAGCGGCGAACCAUGCACCGGAACUGCCCGGAGCCAAGGCAAUUCCGUUUUCAAAAUCGAUAAUAGCGACAAUCCGGGCAUCGCAUGCGAUUGCUCUUUCAACAGUAAUACUAUCUGUCACAUCACCGGACUGAGAAUGGUUGACCUGGACAUACGAGGAGUGCUGGCGGAGGAGCUUUUGGCUUUCAAAUUCUUAAUCUAUCUGAAGAUCGAUGGAAAUUACUUCAACGGUACCUUGCCGGGAUGGAUUGGGAAUUUAUCUAAAUUGCAGUUCUUGUCUGUUGCUAUCAAUGCAUUCUCUGGGCCCAUUCCUAAGGAGCUUGGAAAUCUUAAGGAGCUAACUGUGCUAUCCAUUCACACAAAUAAUUUCUUUGGAACACUCCCACCAGAACUUGGUAAUUUAGUAAAACUAGAUCGACUUUACAUUGAGAGCUGUGGAGUUGGUGGUGAAAUUCCCUCAACAUUUGCUAACCUUCUAAACAUGCGAAUCAUGUUGGCAUCAAACUGCCCUUUCACAGGCAAGAUACCUGAUUUCAUUGGCAAGUGGACAAAACUUACACAAUUGGAAUUUGAAGGGAGUUACAUGGAAGGUCCUAUACCAUCCAGUUUUUCUAAAUUAACCUCUCUAAAUUCUCUGCAAAUCUUUGGUUUAUCCAAUGUGAGCUCUUCUCUCGAUUUCGUUAUAAAUCUAACGAUUUUAGAUACCUUGUCUCUUGGAAAUAAUAGUCUGUCUGGAACCAUCCCUAGCCAAAAGAGUGAAAACCUAAAAAAGAUAGAUUUAUCUUACAAUUUUCUGUCUGGAAGCUUUCCCUCAUGGGUAUACACAAUCUUGCAGUCUCAGCUGAAUCUAGUAGGCAACAACUUCACAUUUGACAAGUCAAACAUAAGGCAUAAGAAAAUUGGUUGCAAUUUUUUCCACAAUGAAGAUGCAAACUUUGCAAUCAAUUGUGGUGGCCCGGAUGUGUUUGCUGAUGGGAUAAAAUACGAGGCUGAAACCUCUUCUCUUGGCAUAGCAUCAUUUUAUGUCCAUACUGAGAAAUGGGCAGUUAGCAAUGUGGGUCUUUAUGACAGAAAUGGUCAGGCCUAUAAGCUAAACAGCUUGGAACGAGUGAGAAACACAAACUCGAUGGAGCUUUAUCAGACUUCGAGGAUAUCCACUGGAUCCCUCAGAUACUAUGGCUUAGGCCUAGAGAAUGGGCCUUAUACGGUUAACUUGCAUUUUGCGGAAACAGCUUUCAAUGAUCCAAGCAGUCAUACUCUGGGGACUCUGGGAAGGCGAGUUUUUGAUAUUUAUAUUCAGGGAACCAUCGUAUUGAAGGAUUUUGACAUAUCAAAAGAGGCAGGUGGGGUUGACAGAGCAAUCACUAAGAAUUUCAAUGCUACUGUGACAGAGAACCAUCUUGAAAUUCACCUAUUCUGGGCUGGUAAUGGAACACACUACAUGCUAACAUCAUCACUUGAGGGUAACUAUGGACCAUCCAUUUCAGCAAUCAAUGUGGUAUCAAAUUUCACACCAAAGAAGAAUAGGACUGGGUUGAUUAUUGGUGUUGCAGUUCCUGUCGGAGUUGUCACCUUCACCUUGAUAUUGAUAUUUGUAAUCUUCUACUUGAGAAGGAGAAAUGAUGAUGACGAGAAAGUGUUGUUGAGUGAAGUUCUAGAUUCCCCAGACCAAGUUCUAGGGCUUCUUGGAAUAGGGCCUAGUCCAAACACCUUUAGUUAUGCCGAGUUGAGAGCUGCAACAGAUGACUUCAGUCCCUCAAAUAAGUUAGGAGAAGGGGGAUUUGGUCCAGUAUACAAGGGUAAACUUUCUGAUGGGCGCGUAGUAGCUGUGAAGCGGCUUUUAGUAGCAUCUCACCAAGGGAAGAGUCAAUUUGUUACUGAGGUUGCUACCAUAUCAGUGGUGCAACAUCGCAACCUUGUUCAACUAUACGGAUGCUGCAUCGAAGGAGACAGACGCCUCCUUGUUUAUGAGUAUCUUGAGAACAAAAGCCUUGACCAAGCACUCUUUGGAAAAAGAGACUUACAUCUUGACUGGCCAACUAGGUUCAGUAUCUGCCUGGCAACUGCAAGAGGACUAACUUAUCUUCAUGAGGAAUCAAGGCUAAGGAUCAUACACAGAGACAUGAAGGCAAGUAACAUUUUGCUUGAUGCGGAGCUGUGUCCGAAAAUAUCUGACUUUGGAUUGGCAAAGCUAUAUGAUGACAAGAAAACUCACAUCAGCACCCGAGUUGCAGGAACUAUUGGCUAUUUGGCACCAGAGUAUGCAAUGCGUGGCCACCUCACUGAGAAGGCAGAUGUUUUUAGCUUUGGUGUUGUUGCUUUGGAAAUUGUCAGUGGAAGACCAAACUCUGACAACAGCCAGGACAAUGACAAGAUCUAUCUUCUUGAACAGGCAUGGACUCUGUAUGAAAGCAACCAAUGUCUUGGUCUGGUGGAUCCAACCCUAGUGGAGUUUGAUGAAAAUGAAGCUUUAAGAAUGAUAAGAGUGGGACUCCUGUGCACGCAAGCAUCACCAAUGAUGCGACCACCCAUGUCAAGGGUUAUAGCUAUGCUUGCUGGGGAUAUCGAAGUGAGCCCUGUUGCAUCAAAACCAAGUUAUUUAACUGACUGGGAUUUUGAGGACAUAACAGCUAGCAUUGAGGCUGAAAACACACCAUCAACUAGAUCUGAGCACAGUGAUAAAAAGAACAAGAACGAUCUUAAUCAAGGGAUAGAGCUGAUGCCUUCUCCAUUAAACAUUACUGAAUUCAGUGACAUUAUUGCGAAAGGAAGGUGAGAGAUGUUUUUCCUUAAAAGCUCCAUUUUGCCACUUCUCUUGCUUGACCUCUGCCACAUAUUUUCUAGCUCAAUAAAAUAGAUAUUGAAAUUGUGUGAAUUUCUGUCAUUCAAAUCUUAUAUGUUGAUCAUUUCUCUCUGUAAAUUAAACGAGAUAUCAAAAU